CGUGACUUUCCUGGAAUCACCAUCUAAAAUGUCAACUGGCUGCUGCCAAAUCAUAGGAAAUAGUAAACAAAACGACCAGUUGCUUCUCUCUGCUCAAAUUAUGCCCAUCUUCUCUCCAUCGAUUCUCUUUACUUCCUCCAUGAACCAACACCGCCCCUAAACGCUUUCUCCAUGUCCCUUCUCUACCGCUAUCAGCUGCCUUUCUUCUUCUUCACAUUUCUAUUUCUCUCUUUAACCUUAACCCUCGCCCAAAACGACACCGUUCCAUGCCCGCUCGACUUCAGUGUCAUUCGCAAUCUCGUCGCCGACUCCAAACCCGCCUCUGUUCCACCUUCCCAGGAAUGCCAGUACGUCAAGCAAGGUCUGCGACUCGUCCUAUCCUACUAUCUCCAGCGUACUAAUAACUUCUUGCCUCCACUCGACUCAGCGGAGUCCUGUUGGCGCGCUUAUGAGAAAUUUCUCGAUGAUUUUAGGCCCAAUUAUGAUGUUCGAUCCUCUUGUGGCUUUAACACUAGCUGGAUCUCUCAAGGGUGUAUGAACAUCACCACUAGAUCGCAAUACGAGUCCUUGAUUCCCAAAUCGUCGUUAGACGAUGUCGUUUCUAACUGUAAUCAGUCGUUUGAGAAUAAUUCUCCUUGCGCUGCUUGUACCGCCAGCUUGUCGAAACAACAGGCUUCGUACUUAGACGGAACGUCUAUCGGGAACUUGUCGGACUGCCAAGCUUAUCCGUCGAUUUAUGCGGCGGCUUUUGCUAACAGGUAUGGCCCCACUGAUACAGGUACUGCAAAGUGUAUGUUUUUGCUUGAUUUUGUCCCAAAGAAUUCACGUCGUACAAAGAAGAAGAAAGUUUUGAUUUUGCUUUUUCCUAUUUCGGGUGUUGGGUUGUUGAUAAUAAUUGGUGGGUGUUGGUUUUUGAGGCGAAGGUUUAAGCGUUUGAGGAAGAAGAAGAAUGGGGAAAGAAUUAGUGGGAGAGAUGCGAUGAGUUUCGGAUUGGAGUCUAUUAAAGAAAGUACUACGCUAGUUGAAUACAAUUUUGAUGAGAUAAGGAAGGCAACUAAGAAUUUUUCUAGGGUUUAUAUCAUUGGAAGAGGAGGAUAUGGAAAUGUGUAUAAAGGUGAAUUGCCUGAUGGGUCUCAGGUAGCUUUGAAAAGGUUCAAGAAUUUAUCAGCUGCUGGUGAUGCUAGUUUUAUUCAUGAACUUGAGGUUAUUGCAAGUGUGAGGCAUGUAAAUCUUGUUGCUUUGAGAGGUUAUUGUACUGCUACUACUCCAUUUGAGGGUCAUCAAAGGAUAAUUGUGUGUGAUUUGAUGACGAAUGGGAGUUUACACGACCAUUUGUUUGGUUCUGCAAAGAGAAAGCUCAGUUGGCCUAUUCGGCAGAAGAUUGCGCUGGGGACAGCAAGAGGAUUAGCUUAUUUGCAUUAUGGAGCUCAACCAGCAAUCAUUCACAGAGAUAUUAAAGCCAGCAAUAUACUUCUGGAUGAAAGUUUUGAGGCUAAGGUAGCAGAUUUCGGGCUGGCAAAGUUUACGCCAGAAGGAGCAACACAUUUAAGCACAAGAGUAGCUGGGACUAUGGGAUAUGUUGCUCCUGAGUAUGCUCUGUAUGGGCAGUUGACAGAGAGAAGUGAUGUCUAUAGUUUUGGAGUUGUACUUCUUGAGCUUUUGAGUGGAAAGAAGGCACUCACUAUGAGUGAUAACACUCAGCCUGCUCUUGUGACUGAUUGGGCAUGGUCAUUGGUAAAGAAAGGGAGAACUUUAGAUGUUAUUGAAGAUGGUAUGCCUGAAUUAGGCCCACAAGAAAUGUUGGAGAAGUAUGCAUUGAUUGCAGUUCUGUGUUCUCAUCCACAAUUAUAUGCUAGGCCAACUAUGGAUCAGGUGGUGAAAAUGCUGGAAACCGAGCAGUCAAUUCCAGCAAUCCCUGAUAGACCAAUUCCACUCAUAGCCGAUAUGGAUGAUAUUGAGAAAUCUGUGAGUAGUAGUUUCUCAGGUCAGCUGUCUAGUUCUGCUGGCUACCAACCAUAUACGCUGGAGAGUGGUCACCCUUCUAGCCACAAGGAGGAAAGGUCCAGUUCAGACUCUAGACCAGUAGAAUUAUUGUUGUAAAUUAUGUAGUUUGGCCUGAGAGUGUAUAAUUUGAGCUCUCUUGUUUGGCAUAUGUUCUACCUGAUCUGUUUCUCAGUUUAGAUGACUUAAGACUUUGGAGUCACAAGUCUCAACUCCCAUUGUAAAGAUACAUUUUUAAUGGAAUUUGAUUCUUUUGAAGAUA